CAAGUGAUUCACCCCUCUUGGCCUCCCACAUUGUUGGGAUGACAGGCAAGAACCACCACACCUGGCCUUGGGAGCUGCUCCUGCUUGGUGUGUUCUGGCUGGUCUCCCGCGCAGCUAUCAGUAAGAUGCUCCUGCAGCACAGUUCCAAAUCUUUCCGCAUAAAUUCAGUGGAUGCUGUGAUUUUUUACCUGGAAUAGACCCUUUAUUUAUUGCAGAGAAGUUGGACAAUUCACACUUAGUAACAUACAGCUUAGCAAAUUUCAUUUCUUGAUCAAUACACCUGUUAAAAGGUGAUGCUUGUGGUCUAAAUAUGCAGAUUCCUCAUCAUCCCCAAGGAAAAGGGAACCACUGCAAGGCAACCUGGGAGGGAGUUUAGGAUUGUUCUGAGGCAGUGCAAGCCAUUGAAAUUCACACACGAGGGGGUAGAAAAGAGAAUCACGUGUUCUGAUCCCUCCGUGUUCUGGGUAUAACUGGGUCCUCCUUAAAUUGCACCAUUUUUGGUGUCAGAGAAAACUGGAUUUGAAUCCCAGGUCCAUCGCUCUUUAUAAUGUGAUGAUGAAUGUGUUUUUAAGUUGUCUGAGCCUCAGUUUGCUCAUCUAUAGAAGAUGUGAUUGUUAUGAGGCUUCCAUAAGGUAAGUGUGUAAAUACCAUGGCAAAAUGUUUGUCAUUUAAAAGAGAGGGUUAUUGUGAGGCUUCUAUACGGUAAGUGUGUAAAAGUCUGGACACAAUGUCUACAGUUUUGUAAGUUUUCAACAUGUGGACAAGGAGGACUUUCUUUCAUUUGUUUUAGACCAUUAAUUUUUAGACCAAGUUUAUAAAAUUUGGUACACUCAUAUUUCUUAGACAAUCAAACCAAUGAUCAGAAAGACUAAAUAAAUCACCACAGUCACAAAGCAGUUCACAAUGCAUUCACUGGGUAAUUUCUAGUUAACAGUAGUAAUGACGAUCACAUUGAAAAUCUUGUUUGUGGUUUGCUCUUACAUCAGCCUCUUGCUUUGUUGAAAGCAUAGAUUCUAAGCUGCUCUAUGAAAGUGAUUAUUAGAAAAAUGUGAUGUACCUAGUGUGUAAAUUUUGGAAAAUUUCUUCUAUUAGUCUCAUUAAUUUGAACAUGUGUGUCAUUUUCAAAAAUAUAAAUCAAAUAUAUGUGGAUGGGAUAUGUAUGUGUACAUAUGAAAUAUAACUUGAUAUUAGAGAGUAGGCUUACCUCAUGGCUAUGUUUUUUUUUUUUUUUGUGAAAGCACCUGCAGAAAUGUCUCUUAUUUCUAGUUCAUAAAUGUUUCAGAGAUUAUGGGGAAAAGGGGGUUCUGUGAAUCCCAGACACUGCAUGAGGCAGAUUUGGUUUCAGUAAUUUUAGCAUCAUUCAUCGUAAGAUGAUGAUCCCUAGGAAUUUCUUCACGGUGAGAAACCUGAAAGGUCCCAGCAGGCAGCAGUGAAUGAAAGGUGGGGCGGGGCCGCUGGCAGGGCGGGGCCUUGUGAGCCAUGUGCCUGUCCUUUCAAGUUCCAAGUGUGUGGGGAGGCAUGCAGGGGAUUCUGGACCUGAUUGUUUCCUAGAACCUGGAUGCGUUCUGGUUGGCAGGGCAACUGACCUUCACUUGGUGGUCUUCAGCAGGUGCCCUCACUUUUUGCCUUCAGUUAGUGCCCUCAGUUCGUUCCCUCCGUUGUUUCUCUUCACUUCGUGGUCUUCAGUUGUUGGGCAGUGGUGGAAGGAGGAUGAAUCCGUUUGUGCUCUCUCCUUCCCCAGUCACAGCUCUCAGGCUUGUUGCAUCCAGGCCCUUCUAAAAUAAACCAGACAGGUUGGCAGGGUUUUUUUUUUUUUGCAGACAAGCCAGCUCAGGGUACAGGGGUAACACGGGGUACCAGAUGCUAUUGCAGUGCAACCCCAUGGCCUAGGGCUGCCUGUGCAAGCCAUGCUUUUGGAAGGAAGAGGCGAUAGGUGUUGAGCCCUGCAGCCUUGGGGACAAACGAAGACCCAAGCUACCCCAGAAGAGCAGGGGUGCCACAUGGAGACUACACUGAACUGUCACAUGUGCACCAAAGCCAGCCCCAGUCAGGACUGGCACAAGGGUUCUGCAGAGCCAGCCUGUGUCUCUGACAUCUACGAGGGUGCAGGGUGCAGACAGUGAAGGCGCAGCUUGCGAUAAACAGGACCAGAGGGACGUGCUGUCCCCCAGUGUCCUCCGCAAGGGGGCCACCUCAGGGUGUGGUGGGUGAUGUCGUACUGCACCUCUGGGAUCCAUGAGGUGGAGGUGGCUGCAGCGACGGACUCCACCACUUUGGAGUCAGCCCAAUCGAAUUUGGGAGCCAGCGAGGGACCUGACAACAGGACCACAUUGGCCACCAGAAGACGUCCAAAGGUAGGGAGACAACAGGUACUGCUUAAGUUCAGAAGAUCCUCUGGCCAUUGCUGGCCCAAGGUUCCCCCAGAGACAUCCAAAGCCUCAGUUUUCUCAUCUAUAAAAGACGUGAUUGUUUUGAGGUUUUCAUAAGGUAAGUGUGUAAAAACCAUGGCAAAAUUUUUGUAAUUUAAAAGACAGCGUUUCUUUCAGGCUUCUAUAAGGUAAGUGUGUAAAAAUCUGGACACAAUACCUAUAAUUUUUUAAGUGUUCAGUAUAUGGAGAAGGAGGAUUAUUUUUUCUCAUCUAAUUUUCAGAGGAAGUUUAUAAAAUUGUUGAUAGUCAUAUUUCUUAAACAAUCUAACCAGUGAUCAGAAAGAAUAAAUAGAUAACCGAGGUCACAAAGCAGUUCACAAUGCAUUCACUGGGUAAUUUCUAGUUAAAAGUGGCAAUGAUUUUCACAUUGAAAAUUUUGUAUUAUGUUGUGGUUUUCUCUUACAUAAUCCUCUUGGUGUUUUGAAACCACAGAUUCUAAGUUGCUCUAUCAAAGCGAUCAUUAGAAAAAUGUGAUUUACUUAGUGUGUAAAUGUUUGAAAAUUUCUUCUAUUAGUCUUUUUAAUUUGAUUGAACAUAUUUGUUAUUUUCAAAAACGGAAAUUGAAUAUAUAUGGAUUGGAUUUAUAUGUGCAUAUAUGAAAUACGACUUGACAUUAUAGAGUAGGCUUAGCUCAUGGCAACGUUUUUUUCUGAAAGCACCCGCAGAAAUCUCUCUUCUUUCUAGUUUGUAAAUGUUUCAGAGAUUAUGGGGGAAGGGGAUUCUAUGAAUCCCAGACACUGCGUGAGGCAGAUUUGGUUUCAGUGAUUUUAACAUUGUUCAUUGUAAGGGAUGAUCCCUAGGAACUUCUUCACAGUGAGAAACCAGAAAGGUCCCAGCAGCCAGCAAUGAAUGAAAGGUGGGGCGGGGCCACUGGCAGGGCGGGGCCUUGUGAGCCAUGUGCCUGUGCUCUCAAGUUCCAAGUUUGUGGGGAGGCACGCAGGGGAUUCUGAACCUGAUUGUUUCCUCUGAACCAGGAUGCGUUCUGGUUGGCAGGGCAACUGGCCUUCACUUGGUGGCCUUCAGUGGGUGCCCUCAUUGGUUUCCUUCGGUUUGUGUCCUCAGUUGGUUCCCUCAGCUGGUGGUCUUCAGUUGUUGGGCAGUGGUGGAAGGAAGAUGAAUCCGUUUGUGCUCUCUCCUCCCCCCAGUCACAGCUCUCAGGUUUAUUGCAUCCAAGCCCUUCUAAAAUAAACCAGACAGGUUGGCAGGGUUUUUUAGCAGACAAGUCAGCUCAUGCUAUGGGGCUGACACGGAGUGAGGACUGCUAGCGUAUUGCUGCCCCAUGGCCCAGGGCUGCCCGUGGCAGCAAUGCUUUUGCCAGGAAGAGGCGAGAGGUGUUCAGCUCUGCAGAACUGGGGGCAAGUGAAGGCCCAAGCUGCCUGAGAAGAGCAGAGUUUACCCCAUGGGGUCCACACUGAACUGUCGCAUAUGCACCAAAGCCAGCCCUAAUCAGGGCUGGGACAAGCAUUCUGCAGAGCCAGCCUGUGGCUCUGACGUCUACUAGCAUGCAGACAGCGAAGACGCAGGCCGCGAUAUACAGGAGCAGAGGCGCCCGGAACACGCUGUUCCCCAAUGCCAGCUGCAAGCCAGGCUAUCUCAGCGUGCGGUGGGUGAAGCUGUCCUGCAGCUCUGAGAUCCAUGAAGUGGAGGUGGUAGUAGCGCAGGACUCCACUGCUUUGGAGGCUGCCCAAUCGAAUUUGGGAGCCAGCGAGGGUCCUGACAGCAGCACAUUGGCCACCAGAAGACACUGAAAGGUAGGGAGGCGACGGAUACUGUUUAAAUUCAGGAGCUCCUCUGGCCAUUGCUGGCGCGAGUUUCCCCAGAGGCAUCCAAAGCCUCAGUUUUCUCAUCUAUAAAAGAUGUGAUUGUUAUGAGGCUUCCAUAAGGUAAAUGUAUGAAAACCAUGGCAAAAAUGUUUGUAAUUUAAAAGAAAGGCUUUCUAUGAGGCUUCUAUAAGGUAAGUGUGUAAAAAUCUGGAUACAAUACCUAUAAUUUAGGUCACUGUAACCUCUGCCCUCUGGGUUCAAGCAAUUCUUCUGCCUUAACCUCCGGAGUAUCUGGGAUUAGAGGCAUGUGCCAUCAGGCCCAAUUAAUUUUAUUCUUUUUAGGAGAGACAGGGUUUCACCAUUUUGGUUGGGCUGGUCUCAAACUCCUGGCCUCAGGUGAUCUGCUCACCUUGGUUUCCCUAAGUACUGGGAUUACAGGCUUCAGCCACCAUCCCCGGCCAAAACUUUGGUUUCUUGAUCAACAAUCCUGUUUCUAAGGAGAUGCUUGUGGUCUAAAUAUGCAGAUUCCCAGUCAUUUCCAAGAAGAAGGGAAGGACUGCAAGGCAACCUGGGAGGAAGUUUAGGAUUUUUCUGAGGCCAUGAAAGCCAUCGAAAUUCAUACAUAAGACGGUAGAGAAAGGGAAUCCACAUGUCUUGAUCCUUCCAUGUACUGGGUAUAUCUUGGUCUUCAUUAAGUUUGCACCACCUUUGGCAUCAGAGACAACUGGAUUUGAAUCCAAGUUCCAACACUCAUUAGGAUGUGAUCAUGAAUGUGUUUUUAACUCCUCUGAGCCUCAGUUUGCUUAUCUAUAAAAGAUGGGAUUCUUAUGAGGCUUGCGGAAGGUAAAUGAGUAAAAAUUUGUGUGGGCAAAAUGCCUGUAAUUUAAAAGAUAGGAUUGUUAUGAGGCUUCGAUAAGGUAAGUGUGUAAAAACCUGGACACAAUGCCUGUAAUUUUGUAAGUGUUCAAUGUAUAGAGAAGGAUUAUUUUUCUCUCAUUUAAUUUUCAGAGCAAGUUUAUAAAAUGGUGUUACUCAUAUUUUUAAGAUAAUGAAAGCAAGGAUCACAAAGAUUAAAUGAGUCACCAUAGUCACAGAGCAGUUUACAAUACAUUUAGUGGGUAAUUGCCAGCUAAAAGUAGCAAUGAUGAUCACAUUUAAAAUCUUGUAUUAUGUGGUGCUUUUCUCUUACAUAAGCCUCUUUUUUUGUUCAAGGCAUAGAUUCUAAGUUGCUGUAUCAAAAUGAUCACUAGAAAACUGUGCUAUACUUUGUCUAUAAUUUUUAGAAAGUGUAUUCUAUUACUCUUGUUAAUUUGAUUGAAUAUGUGUGUUAUUUUCAAAAAAUGUAAAUGGAAUAUGUGUGGAUUGAAUAUAUAUGUGUAUAUAUAUGUGAAAUAUGAUUUGACAUUAUAGUGUAGGUGUAGCUCAUGGCAAUGUGUUUUUCUGAAAGCACCUGCAGAAAUCUGUCAUUUUUCUAGUUUGUAAAAAUCUCAGAGGUUAUGGGGGAAAGAGGGUUUUUUGAAUCCCAGACAGUACAUGAGGCAGAUUUGGUUUCAGUAAUUUUAGCAUCAUUCAUUGUAAGGUGAUGAUCCCUAGGAACUUCAUCACAGUGAGCAACCUGAAAGUUUCUAGCAGCCAGCAAUGCAUGAAAGGUGGGGGAAGUCCACUGGCAGGGUGGGGCCUUGUGAGCCUGGUGCUUGAGCUCUCAAUUCCAAGCUAGGGGGACACAUGCAAAGGAUUCUGGGCCUGAUUGUUUCCUCUAACCAGUAUGUGGUCUGGUUGGCAGGGCAACUGGCCUUCAGUGGGUGCCCUCAUUGGUUGCCUUUGGUUAGUGCCCUCAGUUGGUACCCUCAGUUGUUUCUCUUUAGUUGGUGGUCCUAGUUGGUGGUCUUCAGUUGUUGGGCAGUCGUGGCAGGAGGAUGAAUCCGUUUGUGCUCUCUUCUCCCCUAGUAACAGGUCUCAGGUGUGUUGCAUUCAGGCCGUUCUAAAAUAAACCGGAGAGGUUGGCAGGUAUUUUUUAGCAGACAAGUCAGCUCAGGGUACGGAUGCGGGCUGCUAGUGCAAUACUGCUCCAUGGCCCAGGGCUGCCCGUGGCAGUGAUGCUUUUGCCAGGAAGAGGCAAUAGGUGUUCACCUAUGCAGACUCGGGAGCAAGCCAAGGCCCAUGCUGCCCGAGAACAGCAGGGGUGUCCCACGUGGUCCACACUGAACUUUCGAAUAUUCACCAAAGCCAGACCCAAUCAGGGCUGGCACAAGGGUUCUCAACAGCCAGCUUCUGACUCUGACAUCUACGAGUGUCCAGACAGCAAAGACGCAGGCCGCGACAUACAGGAGCAGAGGUGCCUAGAACACACUGUCGCCCAAUGCCAGCCAUAAGCAGGGCUAUCUCAGGGUGCGAUGGGUGAAACCGUCCUGCAUCUCAGAGAUCCACAAGGUGGAGGUAGCAGUAGCGCCAACUCCACUGCUUUGGAGCCUGCCCAGGAGAAGUUGGGAGCCAGCAAGGGUCCUGACAGCAGCACAUUGGCCACCAGAAGACACCCAAAGGGAGAGGAGCGGAAGACCUUCUGGUGUGGGCUGGGCUGCAAUUCACUUGCAGGAGAAACAGCCCGGGUGUGGAGAGGUGGCCAUCCUUGGCGGGAUCCUUUCUGAAGAGCCGAGAAAUCAACACAGAGCUUCUUCUAUCUGAUUCUCUAACAACUGCAGACCUUCCAUGAGUCAAGCUUUGUGUCAAAAGGACAAAUUAAAAGGACCUAUAAACGGCACCGCCCAGCCCAAUGGACAGAUGCCCCAGGCUGCACAUUCUGUCAGUGCUGUUCUCCAAGAGGCCAAGACACUCGCUGAAACAUCCAAGGAUAGGAAGCCAGCCCUCAGGAACCACCAGGAGCCAGGAGCACCCCCGGCCCCACACGGCCCCAAGUCCAGCCUGCCCCCCGCUCUGGUGCAUAGGUCCUGGGACACCAUCUGCAGCCCUGUCACGCCCCCCAAGGCCAAGAGCACUGGCGGCGGGGGCUUCCCCGCCCCGCCCGACGACUUCCUGCCGCCACUGCCACCGCUGCCUCCACUGGACGACCCAGAGCUGCCGCCACCCCCGCUGCAGGAUCCAGAGCUCCCGCCACCGCCCCUGGACUUCAUGGAGCCGCCCGCCCGCCCCCGGACUUCGUGCCCGCUCCCCCAGCGGUCGUCAAGAGGCCUCCUAUGCCCCACCCUCCCAACAGGCACGAAGCAUCAAUGUUCAGAACCAACAAAUGAAUAAAACAAAUGAAUAAAUGUUAAA